AUGAAGAGUAAUAAAUUUGUUCAGCACUGCAUCUCCUACAUUAACAAUUUCUACAACAACCACAGCAUUGCCAAAAAUUCAGACUUCUACAACGACAAGUGCUUCAACAACAUCCACCACUAUGUCAACAGCGACUGCAUCUCCUACAUUAACAAUUUCUACAACAACCACAGCAUUGCCAAAAAUUCAGACUUCUACAACGACAAGUGCUUCAACAACAUCCACCACUAUGUCAACAGCGACUGCAUCUCCUACAUUAACAAUUUCUACAACAACCACAGCAUUGCCAAAAAUUCAGACUUCUACAACGACAAGUGCUUCAACAACAUCCACCACUAUGUCAACAGCGACUGCAUCUCCUACAUUAACAAUUUCUACAACAACCACAGCAUUGCCAAAAAUUCAGACUUCUACAACGACAAGUGCUUCAACAACAUCCACCACUAUGUCAACAGCGACUGCAUCUCCUACAUUAACAAUUUCUACAACAACCACAGCAUUGCCAAAAAUUCAGACUUCUACAACGACAAGUGCUUCAACAACAUCCACCACUAUGUCAACAGCGACUGCAUCUCCUACAUUAACAAUUUCUACAACAACCACAGCAUUGCCAAAAAUUCAGACUUCUACAACGACAAGUGCUUCAACAACAUCCACCACUAUGUCAACAGCGACUGCAUCUCCUACAUUAACAAUUUCUACAACAACCACAGCAUUGCCAAAAAUUCAGACUUCUACAACGACAAGUGCUUCAACAACAUCCACCACUAUGUCAACAGCGACUGCAUCUCCUACAUUAACAAUUUCUACAACAACCACAGCAUUGCCAAAAAUUCAGACUUCUACAACGACAAGUGCUUCAACAACAUCCACCACUAUGUCAACAGCGACUGCAUCUCCUACAUUAACAAUUUCUACAACAACCACAGCAUUGCCAAAAAUUCAGACUUCUACAACGACAAGUGCUUCAACAACAUCCACCACUAUGUCAACAGCGACUGCAUCUCCUACAUUAACAAUUUCUACAACAACCACAGCAUUGCCAAAAAUUCAGACUUCUACAACGACAAGUGCUUCAACAACAUCCACCACUAUGUCAACAGCGACUGCAUCUCCUACAUUAACAAUUUCUACAACAACCACAGCAUUGCCAAAAAUUCAGACUUCUACAACGACAAGUGCUUCAACAACAUCCACCACUAUGUCAACAGCGACUGCAUCUCCUACAUUAACAAUUUCUACAACAACCACAGCAUUGCCAAAAAUUCAGACUUCUACAACGACAAGUGCUUCAACAACAUCCACCACUAUGUCAACAGCGACUGCAUCUCCUACAUUAACAAUUUCUACAACAACCACAGCAUUGCCAA